GCCUCCUGAAGAUGUAUAUUGUGAAGGACUCAAAAGCGAUAGAAAAGUGCCUGAUUUUCCAAAAUAUUUCAGCUUUGAUGCUGAAAUAAUAAAAUAUGAGGGUUCACAAGGUAUUGCUCCCGUAAUCACACAUCGUUCUGUGUAUUACGACUAUCCUGCUGGUAUCUCGAGAACUGACUUUUAUGACCCCGUCGCUGAAGAUGAAGACAUAUUUUCACCAGUGCGAGCCGAAGUUAAAUCGAUCGUUCACGACUUCAAUUCAGGAGUUCAAUACACAUUUAACCCAAUAACUGGCAAAUGCAGCUUAGGAAAAUUUACAGACAAUUUUGAUGUAAUCUCUGGAAAAAUUGGUGCUGAUAAAAGUAUGCCUACGGCUAAUAAAUACUUUGCUUUGGAAGGAGCGAAAGUGGUUUAUAAUGGACAGUACUCCACACGGGGCUUAAUAUCUGAUGUAUUCACAAGUUCCAUAAAAGCCGCAGGAAAAGAUGGUACGGAAGGACAAAGUUCCGUGAGCUGGUAUUUUUCAACUAACAGGACUCAAGUCGUCGAAAAUCAAAAUGUUGAGAAGAAUGUGCUUCUACGCAUGGUCAUCCGGCCCCAAGCUACUGAGGGAAAAGAAGGUGUAGUCGCAAUGAAUUUCUACAAUUUUGCAAAGGAAGAACCUAAUACUCUAAAAUUCGAUUUAACAGGGUGCUACAAUGACUCCUCGAGAAAAAAUCUAGUACUGACUUUUCCAGCUAUUGACUUACUUAGAGGCUCAGAAAAACGGAUACGAAAUCAUGUCCAUCAAGCUAUAAAAGACGCAACAGGCAUCAGCACCCAAAGAAUAUUCGUAUCAAAGGUUGCAUUUAGUGGUCAAUAUAUGUUCGCCGAAUUUACAAUUAUCGCAAACCCUCCAGCAAUGGAAAAGACGUCAAAAAAAGAUGAAGUUAGUUUGGAUAUAGCAUUUGCUAAACUCAGGGAAUCUAUUUCUGAUAAAAGUUUCAAAGUGAGAAUUCCUACAAAGGAAAAAGUGGUUAAUCUUAUGCCAGAGCCUAAUGGCUUGAAUGAAUUUGCUGGCGAUCGCAAUAAAGAUCAAGCUACUCCACACUACAAAGAAGGUAGUGUCAUAGCUCUGACUAUAGGAAUGCUAGUCCUAGGUUUUAUUUUAGGAGGUGUUACAUUAAAUCUUGCAGUGAGCAGAAAAUUCGGAGUAUCUUUAUUUCAGAAAAAAAAAUACGGAGACAGUCCCUUUGAUAAUCCUCUCGGUGAGAGUUCGAUGUGAAAAGUGCGCAGUAAAAAGAAGGAACUAGUCUAAAUGCUCUACAAUGCGAAUGUACAUAUUAUUAUAAUUUAUUGUUUAGCUGUAUUUCUGAUGAAUAUGAAUAAAGCACUGUGUAUUUACCUCAAAUAAAUUUUCAUAUCUUAAAUAUGUAAA